GCGUGGGCGGGCGCCGCCCCGCGCUGUCCCUGCGGCGGUCGCUGAGGGCUCCGCGCCGCUGCCGCGGCACCGCCGGCUCGCAGAAACGCAGCUGAAUGGAGCUUAAAGGGCCACAGAUGAAAGAACUUGAAAACGUUUCUGAAGGUUUAAGAUGUGUCUGACUGUGACUUCCUUACCUUAGGAAUAAAGAAGAGUUUUUCAACAGGAACUUAGGAUAUCUUUACUCCAACUUAUUAAUAUACUAACUGGAAUGAUGUUCUGACAACAAUUCUCCGUAACAAAGUACUUACCCUACUACAGAACAGUUUCUUUUAAAUCUCAAAUGAUAAUGCAACUCGAUGGAGGAAAGUAGUGCUUUGCUAAGCAUGCGUGAGGAUCGUUCCUUCCAUGUGCGAUACAGGAUGGAGGCUUCCUGCCUAGAGCUGGCUCUGGAAGGUGAGCGCCUGUGCAAAGCAGGAGAUUGCCGAGCUGGUGUAUCUUUCUUUGAAGCAGCUGUUCAGGUUGGAACUGAAGAUUUAAAAACACUCAGUGCUAUUUACAGCCAGUUAGGAAAUGCCUAUUUCUACUUGCAUGAAUAUGCAAAGGCCUUGGAAUACCAUCACCAUGAUUUAACUCUUGCAAGGACCAUUGGAGAUCUACUGGGAGAAGCUAAAGCAAGUGGGAAUCUGGGCAACACCUUAAAGGUACUGGGGAACUUUGAAGAAGCUAUUGUUUGUUGUCAAAGACAUCUGGAUAUUUCCAGAGAGCUUAAUGAUAAGGUUGGAGAAGCAAGAGCACUGUAUAAUCUGGGAAAUGUGUAUCACUCUAAAGGGAAAAACGUAGCUAGUGCUGGGACCCACGAUCCAGGGGAACUUCCAGAUGAUGUGAAAAAUGCUUUACAAAAAGCUGCAAAUUAUUAUGAGGAAAACCUGACACUAGUAACAGAGCUGGGUGACAGAGCAGCGCAAGGACGUGCCUUUGGAAAUCUGGGAAACACGCAUUAUCUUCUGGGCAACUUCAGGAGUGCAGUUUUAGCCCACGAGCAGCGUCUCCUGAUUGCGAAGGAGUUUGGUGACCACUCAGCGGAAAGGAGAGCAUACAGCAACCUGGGCAAUGCCCACGUCUUCCUGGGCGAGUUCCAAACCGCCUCUGAGUACUAUAAGAGGACGUUGCAGCUGGCUCGGCAGCUGCAGGACAGAGCUGUGGAGGCACAGGCCUGCUACAGCCUGGGCAACACCUACACUCUGCUUCAAGACUAUGAGAAAGCAAUUGAUUAUCAUUUGAAACACCUGGUGAUUGCUCAGGAACUACACGAUAGAAUUGGUGAAGGAAGAGCAUGCUGGAGUUUAGGGAAUGCAUACACAGCUCUGGGGAAUCACGACCAAGCGAUGCAUUUUGCAGAAAGGCACUUGGAGAUCUCCAGAGAGGUAGGGGACAGAAGUGGGGAACUCACUGCUAGACUUAAUCUCUCAGAUCUUCAAAUGGUUCUUGGAUUAAGCUACAGCACAAACAACUCCAUGAUGGCAGAAAGCCACGUGGCAGAUACCAGUUGGAAUGGUACCAGACCGAGAGUAGGACGCCGACACAGCAUGGAGAACAUGGAACUCAUGAAAUUAACACCAGAAAAGGUUCAGAACUGGAACAGUGAAAUUCUUGCUAAGCAGAAACCACUGGUUGCCAAACCUUCAGCAAAACUGCAUUUUGUAAAUCGACUAAAAGGCAAAAAGUACAAAAACGGCCCCGCUUCCAAAGUUUUGCAGGAUGCCAGUAAUUCUAUUGACCACCGACUUCCAGGCUCCCAGAGGAAAAACAGUCGGGAGGCAAUGGCAGAUGAAGGCUUCUUUGAUCUGCUGAGUCGAUUCCAGAGUAACAGGAUGGAUGAUCAGAGAUGCUACUUCCAGGAGAAGAACAGAUUCUCAGCUGCUUCAGUGGCAACGUCCUCAACUCCACCUAAAACAAUGAGAAAAUCCUUUUCUACAUCCAUGGUCUCGCCGCACACAGAUGAGUUCCUGGAGCUCCUGGCCAGCUCCCAGAGCCGCCGGCUGGAUGACCAGCGCGCCAGCUUUGGCAACCUGCCCGGGCUGCGCCUCAGCCCACGCCCCACGCGCUCUGUCCUGGGCCACCUCAUGGCCAGUAGCAGCAGGGAGCUGGACGACGACUUCUUUGAUCGACUGAUCAAGUGCCAGGGUUCCAGACUGGAUGAUCAGAGAUGCGCCCCUCCCUCAUCUGCAAAAGGACCAACUGUACCAGAUGAGGAUUUUUUCAGCCUGAUCUUACGAUCACAAGCCAAGAGAAUGGAUGAGCAGAGAGUGCAUUUACCCUCCAGCAUCCAGGGCCCGAGUGUGAGCUGAAGGCGGGGAGAAGUGCGCACAGUACCGUGGUGUGGGGAGACAGCCCCUGCCUUGCUCCAGGAGACAGCAAGUACUAGUUUUGUCCCCUUUCUAAUUAUUUUUGUAUAAAUAGCAGCAGCAUCCUCCUCCUGAGUUGCUGCUGCUUUUAGCAGUGUCAGGGAUACAGUAAUCACUGACUCCCUCUUAACUGCCUCUCGUCUAUGAACAUGUAAAUUGCCUCGCAGCUGAUGUGUGGAUUCUUCCUCUGUCUCCAUCCAGUGCAGCGCCUCAAUUUGUAUGUUCCUUGUAAAGGAAACUUGAUUAUUUUUUUUUCUGAUUUGUACCCCCCCUGGAAAAAGGUUCUGUUUUCUUUUAUACUUUUUUUAAAAACAGUAAAAACUUGAGAAGUAACUUCA